CAUGCAGUACUUGUCACAGAGAACACGGAGGCAUUUGAGGUGAACGGUAACACAGGAGUAUUACUCAGGAACACCCAACUGUGACAAUGGAAAUCAGUGGAGCUGGAACGCUUCUCCUGGUUCUCUGUGCCACUUGCCUCAUGUUCCUCAUUAUGGCCAUUAGACGCAACAAGUGGAAGGACAUGCCUCCUGGACCUACUCCGCUUCCUCUCUUGGGAAACAUCCUACAGGUGAACAUUAAAGAGUUGCCUCAGUCAUUAUUAAAGCUCGCCAAGAUUUACGGAGAUGUAUUUACUGUUCAUCUGGGGACCAGGACCGUGGUUGUCCUACAUGGAUACAAUACAGUAAAUGAGGCUUUAGUAGACAAAGCCAAUGUUUUCAGCCACAGAGGCAAAGUUCCUGCAGUAGAAUUUCUGUUUAAAGAUUAUGGAAUCAUUCUUAGUAAUGGGGAGCGCUGGAAACAGCUCCGUCGCUUCUCCAUCACCACCCUCAGGAAUUUUGGAAUGGGGAAGAGGAGUAUUGAGGAGAGAAUCCAGGAGGAGUGCCAAUGUCUUGGAGAUGAGUUUAGAAAAAAAAAAGGUGCACCUUUUGACCCCACUUAUCUCAUAACUUUGGCUAUUUCCAACAUCAUCUGUUCUGUUGUCUUUGGAGAGCGUUUUGAAUACAAUGAUGAGAAAUUUCUUGGUCUUCUCACCAUGAUGAGAGAAUCCAUCCGGAUAAUGAACUCAUCCAUUGGGCAGCUGUUCAACUCUUUUGCAAAACUUUUCCAUCAUCUCCCUGGACCUCAUCAAAAAGUGUUGAAAAAUAUUAAAUCUAUAAAAGCAUUUGUGAUGGACAAAGUGAAGGAACAUCAGGAGACCUUGGACAAGACGUACCCCAGGGAUUUUAUAGAUUGCUUCCUAAUAAAGAAGGAAGAGGGACGUAAGAUAGACUCAAUCACAUCAAUGUCAGAAAGGGAAAAUCUUAACACAGAGUUCCACUUUGACAAUUUAUUUGUUACCGUGAUGAACCUUUUCUUUGCCGGGACAGAAACUACAAGCAUGACUUUGAGACACAGUUUGAGAAUCUUACUGAAGUACCCAGACAUUCUAGCCAAAGUCCAGCAAGAAAUUGACCAGGUGAUUGGCCAGAACCGCCCUCCCUCUAUAGAGGAUCGGUACAAAAUGCCGUAUACAGAUGCUGUGAUCCAUGAGAUACAGAGAUUUGCAGAUAUCUCGCCUCUGGGUGCACCCCAUGCAGUAUCUGAAACCACCAUCUUCAGAGGCUACACAAUCCCCAAGGGAACCACAGUGUUUCCUCUUCUGACCUCUGUCCUGAAGGAUCCCAAACAUUUUCGAAACCCAGCGAUGUUUGAUCCAAGUCACUUUCUAGAUAAAAAUGGCAGGUUCCAGAAGAAUGAAGCUUUUUUGCCAUUUUCAACAGGGAGGAGGAUCUGCCUUGGAGAAGGAUUGGCAAAAAUGGAGAUCUUUAUUUUUCUCACCUACAUCCUGCAGAAUUUCACCCUGAAAACUAAUGAGGACCCCUCAGAUAUUGACUUAUCACCUCUGCCAAACAGCAACAGCACUAUCCCACGGCCUCAUGAAAUGAGUUUUAUCCCACGAUAUCAGUACCAUCCUGUGAUUCAAUAAGUUCCACAGUUAAUAAAAUCUAAAUGAAUUAAUGGCUCUAACUAAAACUUAGAAUAUAUAUCAUUAUAAUAAUCCCAAACUAAUCACAGCUCAAUACUAAACAGCUACUUUAUCUAAAGCAAGUUCCUUCCUCAUUUCCACACUGGCCUGACAUGUACAGACCUAGAGAUCAGAGCAAUGUUUCCAAAGUAAUAAAGUACAAGAAAAUGUA